AGCGCGCGCGGAGGGGAGUCAGUGCGCGCGAGAGCGGGUACUGUGAACUGCGCUCUGUAUGCACGAGUCUCCUCAAUAAGAGCCCUGUACGGAAGCGGCGCGUGCAAGCGACCUGCAGACUCACCUUAUCUUGUUUACAAAGAUAACUGAACAGACUGCUGAGUGGAAAGAGCGAGACUCAUGAAUUGGCCUGGCGGGUUACGGAGACGUUAUGGAUCUGACUAAAAUGGGUAUGAUACAGCUCCAGAACCCCAACCACCCCACUGCGCUGCUGCACAAGGCCAAUCAGAUGCGCCUGGCCGGCACGCUCUGUGAUGUGGUCAUCAUGGUGGACAGCCAGGAGUUCCAUGCUCACCGGACUGUGCUGGCCUGCACCAGCAAGAUGUUCGAGAUCCUUUUCCACCGCAACAGCCAGCAUUAUACCCUUGACUUUCUCUCACCAAAGACCUUCCAACAGAUUCUUGAGUAUGCUUACACUGCCACGCUCCAAGCAAAAGUGGAAGACUUGGAUGACCUGCUGUACGCAGCAGAGAUACUCGAGAUAGAGUAUCUUGAAGAGCAAUGUCUGAAGAUCCUGGAGACCAUCCAGUCUUCAGACGAGAACGAUGCAGAGGUCAAUAUGAAUGAUGGCGGUACAGAGGAGGAUGACGAGCACAAAGGGAAGCAUGGCAGGAGCACUGCCAGCUCCAAGAAGCAUUCCAUUGAGGACAGUGGCUAUAUAUCCACUGCCCAGCAAGCAUUGGCACUGUCCAGCAUCAUAGAUCAGAGCCCAUCUGUCUCCACUUCCUUCGGUCUCUCCACGAUGAGCCCAACCAAAGCUGCAGUGGACAGCCUGAUGAGCAUCGGCCAGUCACUGUUACAGAACAGCAUGCAGCAUGGACUGGGCACUGAUCAGAACCUACAGGGCAACCCUCACUCUAUAAUGCCAGAGAUCAAAACUGAGAUGAUGCAGGUGGAUGACGCUAAUGGUCGUGAGAGCCCCAGACCCAUGGAGUCCAGCACCUCGAGCAACGGAGACCGCACUAGUGAUGGUGAUAAGAGCCGUGAUGGACCUGGUACCCCCACCAGAAGCAGCGUAAUCACCAGUGCCCGUGGGUUACAGUAUGUCCGUGAGGAUGGGGGAGGAGAUCACCCAACCGAGGCCAGCCAUAUGGGGCUGGAAAGUAUGGCAGGUAUGACCGAGAAACACCUGGCCUCUCUCUACGGCCUGCCACCCAACCAUAAGAGUGAGGCCUUGCUCUCCAUGCCUGCCUCCAUGGCCUCGACCCUGCACAUGUCUCCAGCUCUGGCCAUGUCCAUGGACUUCAGCGCCUACAGCAGCCUCCUGCCACAGAGCUUCAUUCAGAGAGAGUUCUUCAACAAGUUGGGCGAGCUAGCAGCUGGCAUGAAGCCUGACGGGCGUGGCGGGCAAAACGAGCGCUGCAACGUGUGCGGUGCCGAACUGCCCGACAACGAGGCUGUGGAGCAGCACAGGAAGCUGCACAGCGGAAUGAAGACCUACGGCUGUGAGCUGUGCGGCAAGCGCUUCCUAGACAGCCUACGCCUGAGGAUGCACUUGCUGUCUCACUCAGCUGGAGAAAAGGCCAUCGUGUGUGACCAGUGUGGAGCUCAGUUCCAGAAAGAAGAAGAUCUGGAAGCACACAGACAGAUUCACACAGGAUCAGACAUGGCCAUCUUCUGUCUGCUGUGUGGGAAGCGCUUCCAGACGCAGACCGCCCUGCAGCAGCACAUGGAGGUCCACGCCGGGGUCCGCAGCUACAUCUGCAGCGAGUGCAAUCGCACCUUCCCGAGCCACACGGCACUCAAACGCCACCUUCGCUCCCACACAGGUGACCAUCCGUACGAGUGCGAGUUCUGUGGGAGCUGCUUCCGUGAUGAGAGCACGCUGAAGGGCCACAAGCGCAUCCACACCGGAGAGAAGCCCUAUGAAUGUAAUGGCUGCGGCAAGAAGUUCAGCCUCAAACACCAGCUAGAGACCCAUUACCGUGUGCACACAGGUGAGAAGCCUUUCGAGUGCAAGCUGUGUCACCAGCGCUCGAGGGACUACUCGGCCAUGAUCAAACAUCUGCGCACCCACAACGGCGCUUCGCCCUACCAGUGCACCAUCUGCCUGGAGUAUUGCCCCAGCUUGUCCACCAUGCAGAAGCACAUGAAGGGCCACAAGCCAGAGGACAUCCCGCCAGACUGGAGGAUCGAGAAGACCUAUCUGUACCUGUGCUACGUGUGAUUGAGGCCGAGCCCCGCGUAGGGUUGGGAUUGGGAUCGGGAUCGGGGGUGGGAGAGCUUAAGAAUGGAAUGCACGGAGGAAGCAAAAAGGGGGGAAUGUUUACAUUUUCGGCGGCAGGGCUGGGCAAGGCAAAGUUGAAAAGAGACAGGACAAGGGGGGGGAAAAAAUGUACUUAAGUAUGGUGGUGUUGUCAUGUUGUAGUAUUGCGUUCUGUUGUGUUGUGAUGGUGUCGUGACUCAAACAGGAAGUGUGCUCGACUCACUAAGGAUUCUCCCACUGUAUCAGGCGGGGAUCUUCGAAAUCACGCCCUCUUAUAUGUAGAAUAAUUACUCCUGGUUAUCCCCUGGUUAAUAGCUACGAACUGACCCCAUUAACUUCACAGACAUACCAGGAGGUGUCACAAGCACUUACAUCUGCCAGGAAGAUACCUUUACAUCUGUAUUACAGUACAGCAGAUCAUUGUCUGUUGAUCCUGUUUAUGGGUUUGUAAAGAUUUUUCUAUUGAUGUACCACAGAUCCUUGGUUCAUAGAGCCUUCUUGCUUGAUUGACAUUCAUUAAGGGUUUAUUGGCUUAACCAGCAUACAAACCAGCGAUUCAUAAAUGCCAUUUCAGUUUUCACAACAUAAUCUCUGUCUCUGCAUCAUAACCUUUCGUAGCUUCAUUGCACAUAUUACGAUGACAAUUUCUGUUUGAUUUUUUUCUUUUCUUUUCUCAUACAACAUAAUCGAGUGCCACAUUACACUUCUGCUGUACGUUUUCAUUUAAUAUUAACUGGACAUUUUUUGGCUUCAUUUAUUAUUCAUUUAGUUCCUUUCCCAUGAAGUACAUGACAGGAAAUCAGUUUAAAACAAAAUAAUCAGCUUCAAAGCAGGAUUCAGCAGUACAUUUACAUUAAAGAGCGCACUAGAAAUCUAAUCAGCUGUGUAUAUUCUGAUAUAGAGACCAAAAUAAUGACUAAAGCUGCUUUUGCCAGUGGCUUGGACACUAAAGGGCACUGUGAUGUACAGGACUGGUCUCCACAUAUCUGAGAGAUGAGUGAAAACAAAUUUCACCAAUGGGAGAAAUGAGGCCUGUCUGGUCUGUCCAGCCCAGAGGGCUACCAUGAAAGAAUAGAUCAACUCUUUGUAUGGCUUUGUUCCUUUGCUAUGUCUGUAUUUCCUAUUUUACCUUGAUUUGUCAGCACAUUGUGCUUGAAUUACCUCGUAUUUUUUUUGUGUGACCUCAUGUGCUUGUUUUUAAUUUUUUUCUUCGUUUCUUCUUUUGUGUGUGUGUGUGUGUGUGUGUGUGUGUGUGUGUAUUUGAUUACAUGCGUGUGUUAUGUCUGUCUACUAUGUUUUGCAGAGGAGAUGUGAAAAACGAUGUGCCACGGUGAUAUGAGAUUAUUAUUAUUGUGUUAUUGUUACCAAACUUGGUAUUUUUUUUUUUAUUAACCCUGCUUGUUUAAGAGCUUGUGGGUUUGGUCAUUUUUUUUUUGUAAGCUACCUCUAAGUUUUGUUUCUUUUAUUUUCUUUUUUUUUUUUUUUUUUUUUAGCAGAAGCACAUUUUUUGUGUGUGUUUUGAAGUUUUGAAUUAUUGCAACUUUUCAUCUCAUGCUUUCCGUCUGUUGAGAUUUGGAAGUGACAUGUAAAGGGUCGAGAUGUAUUAAUGAUGGAUAAAGUGGGGAAAAAAAACAAGCGUUUAUUUGCUCUGACCACCCACCUGUCCCCCUCCACCCCAAACCUUUUUCUUUAAGAGCAGAGAAGAGAUUUUGAAGCCUUAAGCUUGGGGUAAGAGUUGAUCUAUGAGAUAUGUAUGGAAUCAAUGGAGUGUAGUACUUUAAAGUUUAAAAAAAAAACAAAAAAAAAAAACAAUUAAACUUGAAAAUAUGUGAAUAGAAUUGUAGUUUUGUAAUGUGAAAAAAAAAAAAAGAUGGUUCAUGAAGCCUGAACCGCUAAGAACAGGUCAUAUGCAGCUGUGCAUUGUGCGUUGGACAAUUGGGACUGCAAGUGGUAAUGGAGGAUGAAAGAAAGGAAAAAAAAAUGAUAUCCUGUCGAUCAACGUUUCUUUAUAUGAGUGUAGUCCUGAGCAAGAGCCAGCAGAGGCCAUUUGAUAUAUAAAAUUGUGAUAUUUUUGUAUCGAGUGUUGGUCCCCUUUCCAUUUGUUGAGGUUUCAGCAGGGCAAAUAUUUGUAGUUUGUUCGGGUUUUUUUGUUUGUUUGUUUGUUUGUUUGUUUUUUUACAUUGUUCUUCUCUGGUUGGACUUUUUUGCCUUGCUCCUCUUUGGUAAUGUUGGACAUAAGUGUGUGAACGUUGUUGUGGUUCAGUGUUGCUUUUCUGGAUGUCGAUACAUUGUAGGUGAAGGACUAAAUCAGCCACAAAUGUCUGCUUUGUAAGUAUAACAAAACAAAAAAACUAAACAAAAAAAAAGUGAGAGAAAUGUAUUGUGAUGCCAAUGAUCAAUUACACACAAAUCGUACUUACGAUUUCAAACAAUCAAUGUUGCCAAUAUUUUGUUUUGGGUUUUUUUUUUGUUACUUGAAGUGACUGAAAAGAGGGGUGGGGCGGGGUAGAUGGUGAGGGUGGGGGGCUGAGUAAUGUACCUGUCUUGUGUCUUGUAGUAUUCUGGAAAACACUGUGAGUUUGGGGGAACUUCUGCCCUCCUGUGAGAUUUAAAGCAAGCCUAAGUAGCUCAAUGUAAGAGGCAUAAAAUAUUAUGGUGGAUAUAAAAGUGUUUCAUAUUGGGCAACAACAACAGAUAUUAAGCCACACACUAGUGUCACUGUCCUCUAUACCUUCUUUUAUUUCCUCCCCAUGGAGUACGAGUGUAAAAGUGUACAUGUGUGUGUAUGUGUGAGAAAGAGAGACUAUUAGUGUCGAAUGCACUAAUUAAAUCGUAAUGUUCUAUGCCACUUUUCUCUCUAUAGGAUUAAAAUAUAUUGGCAUUGAUAUAGUUCUUCCCUCGAUGUUACUCUGAUGUUUCUGUAAUAUUUGUGCCUAAAUGAAAUUGUUCAAAUUGUCCAUCGAUAUCCGUUUCGUUUCUGUAUUUUUCUAAACUUAAUCGGUGUCUUUAGAGCUCCAGGGAUGCCAUUGUGAUCACAUUGUGGCGUUUUGAUUGUUUAAAAAAAAAAAGAAUAAUAAUAAUGUCCAUGUGGGCGAAGCUAUUGGAUCAUUUAUAGGAUCUAAUUUUUUUUUUCAUUACUGACCUAAAUAUAUCCGGUUCUGAGUAGUUAUUGUAUUUUGUACACAAAAAAUAAACAAGGUAAACAUUCUUUGGAAUGAAUUGUGCAUUUAUCUCAAGAGAUUUUUUUAAAAGUCAAAAAUGUUAGCACUGGUUCUUCAAUCAUGUUCAUAUCAGCAACAGGUUUUGCUGAUUAAAGCUGAUAAUGGUGUGUUUUGUUUGUACGCUGAUAUUACUGCCCCAGCUUGACAUCACUGUUAUAUUGGUUCGAGUACUUAUAUUAUCAGCGUGUAUAAAGAGAGAGUGUCAUCCUGGCAUCCCUGGAGUUUGGCUCACUGUGUUCGCGUGUGGUGUUUUUAGCAAGAGUAGACAUUUCAUGCCGUGUUGCCAUGCAUGUGCCAUUGAGGUCUAGAUGAAAUCGUUGGGAGCACCAAGACCUUUUUUGUUUUGUUUUUCAUUUUUGUUUUUUUAAAUUAGCACUGAGGACCAAUCGCCCUGUCGGACCAAGCGCAACAGAGCUUUUCUAUGUAACAAAGUGUCUCUCUAAUUCACUCUGUAUCUCUGUCUAUGUCUCUCUCUCUCUCUCUCUCUCUCUCUCUCUCUCUCUCUCUCUCUCUCUCUCUGUCUCUCUCUGUCGCUCUCUCUCUCUUGCUCUCUCUCUCUUUCUAACUCUCAUCUCCCACCUUUACUGUAUCCCAUUUCAGCUUAUCUUUUUUUUUCCUUAUUGUGACAGCACAAGUGCCAGUCCAGUUGCUUUGUACUAAAAAAAAAUUAUGUUUUUAUAAUUAUUUUGAAUUGUUCUAGUUACGUCUACCUCAGCACCUAAUCUUAGCCUAAUCUUAGAAGGUGCCCAAUUAUUAUUUUUUUUUUCUGUUUGUUGUCAAUUGUAUAAAAAAAAAAAGUAAUAAUAAUAAUUAAUUUGCAUUCAGCUUUGCAAAAGGUCCUUUUGUCUUUUUCCGGCCACAUGCUAUUUUUGUAGCACCACUUUCUGGCAACUGUGCUACGGAUAUCGGCAUCGGUUUCUGAUGUAGUUUUUCUUUCCGUGUAGGAUCAGACACAUCUCUUUGUAACAUUUCAGUGUUCUCUGAUGGAGUGUGGAAAAAAAAAUAAAAAAAAGAAAUUAAAGAGAUUUAAUGCUGCAGGUUUUCUUCUCAAUGUUGUUACUAAGUAAAUCGUGUGCCUUUAAUAGUGAGAGAUUUUUUUUUUUUUUUUUACAUAAUACUAACGGUAGAUGGUUUUGUAGUGAUUUUUUUGUUUUGUUUGUUUUUGUAUUUUUAUUUAUAAGUCUCAUACAAUAACAAUGUUCAGUUGUAUUCCUUAAAUCUGCAGUUAGAAAAAAAAAAAUAAAAAGUGGACUUAA